CAUGGAAAUGCAGGGGUACUGAGAUAUUUGGGGAGGGGUGGGGUAUUGAACCGCAUUUGAGGUUUGGAGCAAAAAAAAACACAAAGACGUGGUCACGUUUUGUGUCUGUCUUUUUUUUUGUUGCAGCCUCCCCUACCGCGUUCUCACCCGCCUUCUAUUGAUAGGAGUGCAAAUGUGCCAGGAUAGCUGAGGAUGAAGGGCAGCCAUGUUGCAAUAGGAACUUUUCAUGCAAGAGCUUAAUCCAACUCGUGAUUCUCGUUUGCUCUUUGGUGAGAAUGGUUAAGGAGUAUAGGAUCUUUAAAUAAUGCAUGAUAAAAUGUCAUUAAUAUAAAUGAACUGUCAUUGCAAAAGGAAGGAGAACGGGACCCGAAGUCAAUCGAGAAGAAAAAAAAGGUUAAGAAUAUCUCGAGGGCAAGAUGGAUCGUUCCUGUGAAUAUGAAUUAUCGGGCAGUGCUUUGCCUUUUUCUAGUUCGCAACAGUUUUCAAAUUCAUUGGGUUUUGAUGUUUCUGAAAUUAAUGAUCGAAGUUGCAGGCCAGGACAGAAUAUUUGCGAACAAGAGUGCUAUAAUCUGCAGGACAGAAGCAUUGUUCAGUUGUCUGCUGAUUCAAAGGAUGGUGCACAACCUGCGUUUAAUGGACAUGUUUCAGCACCACCGUAUAUUCCAUUGCGCCGACUUCAAGAUCUGGCUUCUAUGAUUCCUACACGGUUUUCUGACUCCCCAGAGACAAAACAGUGGUCUGAAUCACCUGAGGGCUCUCCUACUACCCGGGAUAGUUGUGCAAUUGAUGAAGGCAGAUGCACUCCUACAGUAUCUGAUUCUACUCCGAAUGGUUCCCCAGAGCUAAAGUUAAAGAUAACUAAGUUGGUUAUGAACGGAAAGAUGAUGUUUGAAUCAUCCAUUUGUAGUGAGGUGGAAACAGAGGAUGCGAAGGAUUCUGAAGAUCAUCCUCCAGUUAUCAAAGAGGUUGAAAUACCAGUUUUGCACAGAGCAAAAAGAAUGAGAAAGAAAAGUGUCAAGUACAGUCCCUCCCAUGAAUCUGAACAGAAAGUGGACAACACGAUGGCCUACUAUCCACCCGUUCCAGCAGAAGGAAGGAAGAGCUGUGCUGGAAGACGGAAGAAGGUGAUUCCAGUGAAAUUUGAGGUUGGAGAUUUGGUAUGGGUGAAGUUUAGUAGACGUCCUUGGUGGCCUAGUGCUGUCUCUCUUGAUCCUCUUCUGAAGAUUCACUCCAAAAUGAAAGAACCCAGCAGGCGGCCCUGCCGACAAUAUUACGUUCGGUUUUUUGGCAUCGUUGUUGAACACGCCUGGGUUGCUUCAGCAGUGGUUGAACCAUUUGAAGGAAGACAUCAGUAUGAGCUGCUGGUUCAAAGAAAUGCCAAAAAUGGGGAAACUGAUGUGCAUAGAAACAAGGUUUCUGUUAAAGUGCACACACAGUGGGAAACUGGUGUUGUUCAGGCAGAAGAAGCACUUUCCAUGUCUGUUGAGGACAGAAUAUCCAAAUAUUGCCUAAUUAGUGAGGAUGGUUUGCUUCAUAUGUCUGGCAAAGAAAAGCUUGACUUUCAGCUCACUUCAGAACCCAAGGAGCUAAAUGUUUCAGCUGACUCCAACAGUCACUGCAAUAAUUCAGAAGAUUGCCAUGCUACAUAUGCACACCAGAAUAGCAAGAUGAAUACCAACUCUUCAAUUAGGUGUUCUUCUGACUGUAAAACGAGAAAACGAAUGAGAAAUAAACUGUUCAAGCCCAGAGUUCCUGUCAGUGAAUCUGCACACUGUGCAUACAAUACAAACAGUACUGUAAAUAAUGUGCAGAUGAAUUCUGCAACUCUUAUAAAUGGUUUUGUAGAGGCAUCAAAUGAAAUCAUCACCGGAAUAGAGAGUUCAACCCCGAAAUCUUGUAUCGUUGAAAGUUCUUCCGUAUAUAAUAAUGUCAUAAGUACGUCAGAGAUUGUUUCAGCUGCAACAGCUGUAUUAAAUUGGUCAGAUGAAGGCAUUUCUAAGGAACCAUUUAAUGUAGAAAAUGGCCCAACUGCAAUUGAAUACAAGACCAAAUCUAGUUCUGAACAUUAUGGUGUCUGUAAUGGGACUGGAACUCAGUUUGAAGCCAACUACCAGAACACACAGAUAAGGUCACAGGAUGCCAAUGAAGGUAUUCAGCAGGUUGAUGAGCUGGUCCUUACACAGAAUAUUGAACACCAUCCUAAACAGAAGGAGUGGAAAAGAGCAGAGAUAUUACCCAAUGUUACAGAACUGAAACAGCAGUCCUCGUCACUAGUUAUUACUGAAGGCAAACGCCAAAGGAAGCCCAGUAAAAAACUGCUGGAAUCAACAGAAGAUUAUGACCAGUUAUUUAUCUCGAAAAAGAAACUGAAAACAUGCCUUCAGCUGUUACAUCAGGACGCAACAGAAUGUUUAGACAAAGCAACCUAUCAAACAGAAUCACAAGAAUCUGGAAGCAGCAAUACUGAAUCAAAGAGGAGGCGGCGGUACAAAAGGAAUUUGAAUCACUCACAUACAGCCUGUACACAAGAAAUGGCCCCAUCUACGAUUGCAGUAGACCCUGUCACGUCAAGAUCUAUAAUAUGUCAAGCCGUGCCAAUGCCUUUAACGGUCCAAGGUAUUUCCUCACCUAUAGCGCAGCUAGCACUCUCUGCAUCAGUAGUAAAGCCAGCCAUAUCCACAUCUCCUGUGAACCAGUGUUCAUUUGCUCCUCCUGUAGAGAAAAUCCAGGUUACACUUGCAGUGGAGGCACCCCAGACCAUGGCUGCAAUGGAAGAACCCCAGACCAUGGCUGCAAUGGAAGAACCCCAGACCAUGGCUGCAAUGGAAGAACCCCAGACCAUGGCUGCAAUGGAGGAACCCCAGACCAUGGCUGCAGUGGAGGAACCCCAGAUCGUGGCUGCAGUGGAGGAACCCCAGAUCGUGGCUGCAGUGGAGGAACCCCAGACCGUGGCUGCAGUGGAGGAACCCCAGACUGUGGCUGCAGCCGUGGAGGAACCCCACACCGUGGCUGCAAUGGAGGAACCCCAGACCAUGGCUGCAGUGGAGGAACCCCAGAUCGUGGCUGCAGUGGAGGAACCCCAGAUCGUGGCUGCAGUGGAGGAACCCCAGUCCGUACACGCGGUUGUAAAACCCCUGUCCCCACUUGCCGUGGAAAACUGCCAGUUUCUGCCUCUAGCAGAAAAUUCUCAUUUGUUGCCUACAAAACGAAAGUCCCAAGCUGUACCUACAAGAGAAGAUUCUCAAUCCACAAAUAUGGCGGAGAAAUUUCAAACCAUGUCAGCAGUGGAGCAAUCUCAGUCUAUGCCAGCAGGGAAACAAUCCCAGUAUAUUUAUGUGGCAGAGCAAAGUCUGCCCAUGCCUCCAACAGAACUGUCCAACCUCAUGGAUAGAGAAGAUCAGUCCCAGGUUUUAUCUACUAAGGAACAGUUCCAGUUCUCGCCUGCCACAGAUGCCCUAACUGCUCUAGCAACAGAAUGUAACCAGUCCAUACCAGCAGAAGUCCCUCUGCCCGUAUCCUUAGAAAGUUCAACACAACAAGCAGAAUCCCAGCCGAUUAAAACAGGCAGUAUUGUUAAGAAGAGGUGGCAACACAGAAACUAUCUGAAUACUGAACAAAUAUAUUCUACUCCACAACCAGCUCUUGGGGCUAAAGCAGAGACACUUUCACAACUGUCUACUUCACCUGAAAAUGCUGAAGGAAAGCGUCAAAGAAAACCAACUAAGAAGCUGUUAGAAUCAACAGAAGAUUUUGAUCAACUUUUUAUCCCAAAGAAGAAAUUUAAACAAGAUCUUCAUCGCUUAUUAAGAACCUCUCCACAUUCUGAAGCCAGAUCUGUAAAGAAAUUUCAAAACAAAAUAACUGCUCCCUUGCCACAAUCUGUCAAACCCGAUUCAGGUGAAAACAGCAUCUCAAGCAGAAGAACAAGUUGUAAAAAUAAGAGACUUCGACAAACAUCAACAUCCAAUAGGAACCAAAGUCGUCUCAGAUCUGUAAAUGAGAAAAAGAAUGAUACUCAGCCAGACUCUGCAGAUGAAAAUGACUUAGAUCUGUUUUUAUCAACAUCAAGGAAAUCACAAGUGGAACGUGGUGGAGGGGCUGCAAAGAAAGAAAAUGUCUGCCAGCUGUGUGAGAAAACUGGGGAGUUACUGCUAUGCGAAGGACAAUGCUGUGGCGCCUUCCAUUUAAAGUGCCUAGGUUUAACCAAAAUGCCCGAAGGGAAAUUCAUGUGCAGAGAAUGUACCACAGGUGUUCAUACUUGCUUUGUAUGUAAAGAAAAUGAGAAGGAUGUGAAGCGAUGUCUUAUGCCACUAUGUGGGAAGUUUUAUCAUAUGGAUUGCAUUAAAAAAUACCCUACCACUGUAAUACAGAACAAAGGAUUCCGGUGCUCACUCCACGUUUGUCUGUCUUGUUACGCUUGCAACCCUACUAAUCCAAGAGCAAACAAAGGUCGAAUGAUGCGCUGUGUGCGGUGUCCUGUGGCUUAUCAUGCCAGCGAUAAUUGUUUGGCAGCAGGAUGCGUGGUCCUGGCUUCAAACAGUAUCAUAUGUACUAACCACUUUACUCCACGGAGGGGCUGCAGGCAUCAUGGUCAUGUCAAUGUCAGCUGGUGCUUUGUAUGCUCAGAAGGUGGCAGUUUGCUGUGCUGUGAGUCAUGUCCUGCUGCCUUUCACCGUGAGUGCCUGAACAUAGAGAUGCCUAAAGGAAAGUGGUACUGCAAUGACUGUAAGGCUGGCAAAAAGCCCCAUUAUAAAGACAUCAUCUGGGUCAAACUGGGUCGAUACAGGUGGUGGCCUGCUGAAGUCUGUCAUCCUAAAAAUGUUCCUACAAAUAUUCAGAAAAUGAAGCAUGAAAUUGGCGAGUUCCCUGUUCGUUUCUUUGGCUCCAAUGACUACUUCUGGACUUACCAGGCUCGUGUGUUCUCAUAUAUGGAAGGGGACAAAGGGAGUAAAGACAAAAAAUGCAAAGGCCUUAAUACCAUCUUUAAAAAAGCACUACAGGAAGCUGCAGAAAGGUUUGAGGAGCUGAAAACACAAAGAGAAACAAGACAGGCACAGGAGGACAAACGGAAUGAAAAGAAGCCACCACCAUACAAACAUAUCAAGGUAAACAAAGCUGUGGGUAAGGCUCAGAUUUUCACUGCUGAUCCAGCUGAAAUUCCACGAUGCAAUUGUAAGCCAACUGACGAAAAUCCUUGUGGGAUAGACUCCGAAUGUCUGAACAGGAUGUUAAUGUAUGAGUGCCAUCCAGCUGUCUGUCCUGCAGGAGAAAAAUGCCAGAACCAGUGCUUCACUAAGCGUCAAUACCCUGAAGUAGAAAUUUUGAAAACUGCAGGGCGAGGCUGGGGUUUACUUGCGAAGUAUAACAUUAAGAAGGGACAGUUUGUAAAUGAGUACGUGGGUGAGGUGAUAGAUGAAGAGGAAUGUUAUGCUCGAAUAAAAUACGCACAGGAACAUGACAUCACCAACUUCUACAUGCUUACUCUUGACAAGGACCGGAUUAUUGAUGCAGGCCCAAAAGGAAAUUAUUCACGCUUCAUGAAUCACAGCUGUAAGCCAAACUGUGAGACACAGAAAUGGACAGUGAAUGGAGAUACUCGAGUUGGACUAUUUGCUUUAUGUGAUAUUGCUGUUGGGUCCGAGCUAACAUUUAAUUACCACCUGGAAUGCUUGGGCACUGGAAAAACGAUCUGUAAAUGUGGGGCCCCAAACUGCAGUGGCUAUCUAGGUGUACCACCUAAGAACAUACAAAGCUCAACAGAUGAAAAGAAGACAAAGAAGCGACACAUUGUUACCAGGAAGCGAAGGCAGCAAUCUGAACUAGUAAGAGAACAUGAGGAAGAAUGUUUCCGCUGUGGAGAUGGUGGGCAGCUAGUGAUCUGCAAGAAGCCAGGGUGUCCUAAGGUGUAUCAUGCUGAUUGUCUAACCCUGACCAAGCGUCCUGCUGGUAAAUGGGAAUGUCCGUGGCAUCAGUGUGAUGUGUGUGGAAAAGAGGCAGUCUCUUUCUGUGAACUGUGCCCCAGUUCUUUCUGCAUGGACCAUAGGGAUGGAGCUCUCUUCAUCUCCAAACUUGAUGGCCGACUUAGCUGUAAUGAACAUGAUCCAUGUGGCCCUGUUCCUUUGGAACCUGGAGAAAUAAGAGAGAUUAUGCCACCACCCAGCAAACAUGUAUUACAGACCUUGCAACCAUCAGAUUCCACACACAUUCGAUGAAUGGAGUGUCCGUUUAUGGUGUGCCUCUGACAGGAGCUUUAUUAAGAAAAGUGAAAAGCUGCCUUCCUUUCAGUAGAAGACAGAUAUUCAAACUGAAUGUGAGUGUGCGUGUGUGUCUGUGUAUACAUAUGGGUGGAGUCAACUUAGUUCACAAAUGCAAGGUGCAUAAUUUCCAGUAACCAGUAGGUUAUUCAUAUUGAGUAAAAUGAACUUGAACAUGUAGAAAAUUGAACCAUGUGCUCCUCUUCUCAAUAUCUUUAGCACAAUUAUACAUGGAUUUAUACCUGAGGCAUACAACUGGCAUGCUCAGGUCCACACAGGAAUUCCAGUUAAGUCUACUGCAAGGCCAGUUAUUUUCAGACCUCAAUGAGCUUAGUUAUGUGUAGGUUUUUUAAUAUGAUGUACAAUGAUGCUCACAUAACACCGGAUUAGAAACUUCAUCUGGCAUGUUUCUGACAUUGAACGCUCAGUCUAAUUCCACACCUAGAAGUAGGAGAUCACUGAAAGGAGUAGUUGCUAUUUGCUAUAAUGAAUGCAUCUUGUUGGCUUGUAAGGUCAGUUAAUUGAGUAAGUCUUCUUCCAAGCACUUGUUCAACAAUAACCGAAUAGUGAGCCUUCAUUAAAAUUGAUAAAUGAACAUUGAUAUUUACUAUGAUUCAGAAUGAUUGGCAGAAGUAUUUGGUAUGAUGUGCUGGAACGUUGUCAUUUUACCUCCAGAAUGUGAGUUCAUAUAUAAUCCAGCUAGAAGAAAUGAAAGUUUAUCGAUAUGUUACAUGGAAUAAAGCUUUAUUAGAGCAUUAUACAACCCUCCAGUACCUGGUCUUGAAACUAGCUCAGACACAGGGAGCAAAGUUCUGAAUCAAACAAAGUGUGUUUGAGCAUAAAGGUGCAAAUCAAGACCAGAAUGAAAUUGCCUUUGAAUUCAGCACUAAUUCUUCAUCAUAGAACUCGCGGCAAAUGGAGCUGUAACACUGGCACACUACGUUGCCAUACCUAACCUAGGUGUGGAUGAGGCACAACAAAAGAUGUGAUUGCAGUUGCUGUUGGGCCUCAGUCAAAAGGGUACAUAUUUCCAAAAUAUAAGUUAACUCUGGAGAAUUUUUUUUAAAUGUUGAUGGAAAGUUAAUUGAGCUACUGCAUGCUGACAAAACCACAGCCUUGGUGAUCAAAUGACAUGAUUUAUCUACUGAAGUGUAUUUAUUUUGCACUAAAUAUUUGGUGUGUUUUGCUGAGUUGAACUCACUCAGCCUGCUUCAGUCAAACUAACCAGUUGUUGGUAAAAGCACAUGCCACUUAACUAAACAAUUUUGCUGUCAGUAUUUUUUUCAAUAUUGUCAGUGCUUUUUAAUGCAAUAACAUGCAAUUCCUUUGUUUUCCAUCUAUUUUAUUUUCAGUUUUAUUUGAAUCAUUUCAACUCUGACAUGUUCACAAUGGUCCAGCAUUUUAAGAACUAAAUUUUAUUGGUGUGGCUGCAAUCUGUUCACUAGCUCCCCUUUCUGGACAAAGGUCAAACAAACACCAGAAAGUAAGGAAAUGUUAUCUUUCAACAUUCAGAGAACGUGUUUGCAGUGGAAAAUUAGAAAAAGAAGGAAAUCAAAGUUCCGUAGUCAAUCAUUCAGUGUGUUGGUCCACCAAGCCUUUCUGAGUGAACUUGAAUCUUUUUAACUCAAUGCAAGGUCUUUCCAUUUGGAAAUAUGUGUUAUUAGAUUUUUUAAAUCAUACAUCACCAGCCCUUUUUGCAGCAUUUCUUAAAUCCUGCAAUAAUGUUUAUCCUGAUGAGAUUUCAGCAGUCCCUGUUGAGGAUGGAUGAAUGAAUAGAGGAGUAUGAUUACAUUAAAAACCCCAUUGGUUUUAUUAUUCUUAUGAAUAAUUUUACUGGGUGUAAUCUCUGGAUAUUGCAGACACAAUCCCUCUAGGAUUCAGUAAUUUCACGAUUGAUUGUUAGGGUUAACAUCACAGAUUCAAGUUAAAUAUUUGAGUGUAGUGGGUUAGAUACUUUGAAAUCAAGGUUCAGAUGUAACCUAGAGUGAUGGGGGUGAAAGUUGUCUCUGUCAGUUGAUGAUAAAUCAUGGAAUGAGUUUGGUCAGUCGAAUUUCAGUUGUUGGUGGCUACACAACAUUGCCCCUAAUUCUAUGCUAAUUUGCAGUGUUAUUCAAGGCUAAAGGAUAGCAAAAGAUAGCAAAAUGUUACAUUGGUGAAGUACAUUUUGAGUGGUGGCUGCAGUGUAUCAGACAUUGCAACAGUAACUUCAGUCUUCACCUUAUCGUGCAAUACAUGACAUGGAACUGGUUCUAAAAAUGGGAAGUAUUUCAUUCCUCAGCACUAACUUCCCAUUUGUUGUCAAAUGCAACAGAAGGUAGCAUUCAAACAUGGCUCUAUGCUCAACUUUUCAGUGAAACUCUUGUUUAAAAAGUAGCAUUCACUUCUCAGUGCAACAGCAGUUGGAAUUCGUAUUAUCCCACCUACCUGCAUCCUUUAAGAUCAGUUGGGCAUAAUAUUGAGUGAUUCCUGCUAGAAGAAUGUUCAAUUAACUAAAAUGGAUUAAAAUCUAUUCUACAAGUCAUUGGCUUGCAUUGAUGUUUGGUAUUCUAGUAUGUGCCAGAUUUUGUAACUUUUCUACUAUUGCAUUGGAUGUAUU